AUGGGUGGUUUAGAAUACACAGAAACCAUGAAGGUUAGAAUGUCAAAGGAAGUUGGGGAGGAAAAAACAAAGAAAGACUCAGUAUACUUCAAGUCGAAGACAGGAACCGUUACAAACUUUGAGGACAUUGAAAGUACAGCCGCAGCGAACGAGCAGAUGAUACUACUGAGAAUUGAAACAUUCCAGAACCUUGGUAGUAACUGGAGAAUAAUGAAUGUUGAGAGCCACUACGUGAACAUCGCGAUGUACAAACCACAGCUGAGAGGUAGUUCUUACAUGAAGUAGCCUGAGGACAUUAGCAACCCAAUGUCAGGGUUGAUGAAUAUUAGGAACGAUGACGCGAAGUGCUUCGUGUGGUGUCACGUGAGACAUGACAGACCGAAGAAGAACAAUGCUACCUACAUAACGAAAAAGGACAUGGAAUACGCGGAUAACCUAUACUAUGAGGGAAUAGAAUUCCCAGUUAAAGUAAGUGACAUUGGAAAGAUUAAGACGAAAAACAAAAUCAGCAUAACAGUGUUGGGUUAUAAGGCAAAGAAGCAGUUCUGUCCAAUCAGGAUCUCUAAGGACUGGAGGAAUAUGAGGAUCAUAUGGAAUUGUUACUGCUAGGUGAUGGUGAAGGCUCUCUUCAUUAUGUACUGAUAAAGCUAGGACGUUAAUAGUGUCACCAAGAAUAAAACCAAGAAGCGCUUCUGCCUGAACUGUUUCCACAACUGUGAGAGUGAAAAAUCCCUAGCCACCCAUGAGGAGACCUGCUCACUGGUGAAUGGAGUGCAGGCAGUGAAGCUACCGAAGGAGGGUACAAAAAUCAAGUUUAAAAACCACAAGAACCAGCUGCUUGUGCCAUUCGUGAUAUACGCUGACUUCGAGUCACUGCUUGUUUCUGAUAGAGACAGGAAAUUGGAUGAUAGCGCGGACGAAAGUUACACGAACAGAUACCAGACUCACCACGCAUGUAGCUUCGGGUUGAAACGUGUAUGUCACUACGACGACUACCACUCAGGUGAGUACACGAGUUACGCUGGCAAAGACGCAGCAUAUAGAUUCCUGAAGGCAGUAUUCAAAGAAGCUGAGAUGUGUAAAUAUAUCGCUUCUAUGAUAAUAACAGAUGAACAGGAAAUAGAAUUCCCGGCUGCAACCAUGUGCCACAUGUGCUGUGAGAAAAUGGAAGGUGGUGACAAGGUGAGGUGUCAUGUCACAAGUAGAUAUCAAGGUGCAGCACAUAACAAGUGUAACCUCAAUCACAAACUCUCAUGGAAAAUCCCAGUGGUAUUCCACAACUUGAGGGGAUACGACUCCCACCUGAUAAUGCAGGAGAUAGGAAACUUUGGUCUUGAAGUAAACGUGAUACCAAAUAACAUGGAAAAGUAUUUGUCCUUCUCACUGGGAAAACACUUAGUGUUCAUCGACUCAAUACAAUUCAUGGCAUGGCUUCCUCACUUGCGUCACUGGCUAGCUACCUCCCGAAGGAAGAGUUCUUCUUGGUAGGGCAGCGUUGGCAAGGAGAGGACUUCAACCUAGUAAGUAACACAGAAGGGAAUAUUCCCUUACGAGUUCAUGAGCAGUGUGAAGAAACUUGAAACAAACAAGCUGCCAUCGAAGAAGCACUUCGUCUGAUACCUCUGACUUUGAGGAGAUCAGUAAAUACAAUAUAAUGACACCUUUGACAACUCUGACUAUCCGAAGGACUCACCCUUUUACUAUGACCGGAACAAGAAAGUGAUUGGAAAGUUCAAGGACGAGGCCGGUGGUGUUUCCAUUGUGGAAUUCUGCGGCCUGAGAAGUAAGAUGUAUAGUUACAUGAAGGAGGAUGGUAAAGGUGGGAUGACAGCUAAGGGUGUGAAAAAGUACGUCAUCAAGAACAAGUUAACACAUGAUGACUUCAUGAAUGUAAUAAGUGAGAAGAAACAGUUGAGGCAUAACACGAAUACGAUGCGUAGUGUGAAACAUCAGAUUGGAACAUACGUGCAGGAAGGCGACGCUAAGCUGUUUCGAUGAUAAGAGACAUCUAAGAGACGAUGGGAUAACAAGCUACGCGUACGGUCACCAUGAAUUAGAAGGUGGUUAUGAACUUGAAAGCGACUCGCUCUUAUGGUAGUGACCGAAUAGACCAACCCCGAAGUGACACCUCGUACUAUGAGUCGGACUCUGACAGCGAUACUAUUAAACCACUGGACACGGAUUGGUCGGAUGAUGAUGUGUUUGCGUAG